AGUUUGCGCUGCCAUGCCGACCUCAACCCCAGCCUAAACCCUAGCAUCUCUCCCUUCGAUUUCCUCCUCCUUCCUUCACCGCCUCUCUCUCCCUCCCUGCGAUCCCCACCGGCGGCAACAAGAUGGUGAAGAAGAGCAAGAAGAGCAAGAGCAAGCGCGUCACGCUGAAGCAGAAGCACAAGGUGCUGCGCAAGGUCAAGGAGCACCACCGCAAGAAGCGCAAGGAGGCUAGGAAGGACGGCAGCAAGAACCACAAGAGCAAGGUCGAGAAGGACCCCGGGAUCCCCAACGAGUGGCCCUUCAAGGAGCAGGAGCUCAAGGCCCUCGAGGUCCGCCGGGCUCAGGCGGUCCAGGAGCUCGAGCUCAAGAAGGAGGCGCGCAAGGAGAGGGCUCGGAAGAGGAAGCUUGGGUUGCCCGAGGAUGAAGAUAUUGCUAAUUUGGCAUCUGCAGCUUCUGCACAGGGUACUGAGUUUGCAGAGAAGGAUGCAGCAAAGGUGGAUGCUUCUGUAGAAUUGCCUAAUAAGAACAAUGAUCAUUCAGAGAGGGCUUUCUACAAGGAGCUGGUUAAAGUUAUCGAAGCUUCUGAUGUGAUUCUCGAGGUUCUUGAUGCGAGGGACCCGCUGGGUACUCGUUGUGUUGACAUGGAAAAGAUGGUUAGGAAGGCUGAUCCAACUAAAAGGAUUGUGCUGCUGCUUAAUAAGAUAGAUCUUGUUCCCAAAGAGUCAGUAGAGAAGUGGCUUACAUAUCUGAGGGAGGAAUUGCCAACUGUUGCAUUCAAGUGCAAUACCCAAGAGCAGAGGACCAAGCUAGGAUGGAAAUCAUCAAAGCUGGAUAAAACUAGCAAUGUUCCACAACGGAGUGACUGUCUUGGCGCUGAGAAUCUGAUUAAAUUGCUCAAGAACUAUUCAAGGAGCCAUGAGCUCAAACUGGCAAUUACUGUGGGUAUUGUCGGGCUUCCUAAUGUUGGCAAGAGCAGUUUAAUCAACAGCUUAAAGAGAUCCCGUGUGGUUAAUGUCGGGUCCACUCCAGGGGUUACUAGAUCAAUGCAAGAAGUUCAAUUGGACAGGAAGGUGAAACUGUUGGAUUGUCCUGGUGUUGUAAUGCUCAGAUCUUCCAACAGUGGUGUCUCUGUAGCACUUCGGAACUGCAAAAGAGUCGAGAAGAUGGAAGACCUAAUCACUCCUGUUAAGGAAAUACUCAAUCUUUGUCCGCACGAGAAGUUGAUGUCUUUGUACAAUAUGCCAAGCUUUACUUCAGUUGACGAUUUCCUUCAAAAAGUUGCCACCCUCAGGGGAAAAUUGAAAAAGGGUGGUAUAGUGGAUGUUGAAGCUGCUGCAAAAAUUGUGCUUCAUGACUGGAAUGAGGGUAAAAUACCCUAUUACACACUGCCACCUAAAAGGGAUGCGGUGGAGGACUCAGAUGCAGUGCUUAUUUCACAAGACGGGAAAGAAUUUAAUGUUGAUGAAAUUUACAAAGCCGAGUCUUCAUAUAUUAGUGGUCUAAAAUCUAUGUUGGAUUUUAGUCAUACAGAGAUUCCAUCGAAUGCUCCACCAGAGAUCAACGAAGAAAUGCUCGAGGAUGUGAAACCUGUCGAGGAAAUGUCUGAUGUGAAGGACCGUGAAGGAAGUAAGUCAACAAGUGGUAGCACACAGCAUGACAAGUUGUACACCGCCGAGGGCAUACUUGAUCCUCGCAAGAAGAAAGCAGAGAAGAAACGGCGCAAGGGAAACAAAUUCAGCGUGCUGAACGACAUGGAUGCGGAUUACGAUUUCAACGUGGAUUACCAAAUGAAGGAUGCGCCUGCAGAUGAUGAAGAUGGCAAGAAAGGUGGUGGAGAUGAACCCGAGGCUAUGACUGGAGUCGACGAUGCGUGAAAUAACCUGCUGUCUGAGAAAUGCCAAGUAGAUGUAUUACGCUGCUAAUGCCUUGUCGAUUGCCUGCCAACAAUGGACAAGGGAUUCAAAUUUUUGUACGUGUUAGAUGAAUGAAGAAUGUGAAUGCUGCUUGUUUCCCCCUCUAUUUUUUGUCUUUGAUUUGCA